AUGAACGAGAGCUCGCCAAGUGGAGAUGAAAUCAUCAAACAAGAGCAAACCGACGUGAAUCGCAGCUCACCGAGUACACCUGCGACAAAUGAACAGGUAAAAUUGAAAGAAGCACGGGAAAAAUGAUGAUUAAAGGCAUAGGGGCAGUAAAAAACGGCGUUUCAGUUCAAAGCAGUUAUUUGUAGAGCUUUUCAUUGCGAAUGGAGCGGUAAACUUGAAAACGUACCGAACUUCCUAGUUUUGGAGAAAAAAUAAUUCAAAGUCGGAGAAAGGAAAGUUUGAGUUCCCGCAAAAAGGGCGCUUUGCAGUAAAGUUGCUCUAUGGACAACAGGCUUCGCCAUCUUCCGGAUUUUCGCUUUUUUCUUCGUUUCUUUCAAAUUUCAAUUUUUUCUGUUGUCACCAAAGUUUUUUCCGUCAAAAAAGCUUUCUAUUCAUGUAUAAUUUGCAAACUUUGGUCGCAAAAAUGCUUCUUUGGUGAAAAAUGAUGAUUUUACACAAAUUUCGAUUGGGAUAGCAAUAUUUUGUGUUUUCUUUAUUAUCGGUGUCUGUUUUUAGUUUGACUAAAAGUUUUCUCAGAAAAUAAACCCUUGAUUUGAAGCAGAAAUCCGGUUAUUUCUCAAAAAAAGCGAGUCUAAUGAGACGUCCGCAACAUCGCGUGGACGGCUACUGUAAACAUUUGUCCGUAGGCCGAUCCAAAGCUUUUUUCAAAAAUAAAGGCGGGAAAGUAAAAUCGCGUUUUUCUUCUAAAGUGGUCACAUAUUUAAUUUUUUUGAGUACACCAUUCGAUUCGCAAAGAAAAACUAUAUCAAAACUCUAUAGGGACGACUAAAAAUUUUCCCAGAAGCUCUUCUAGAAAUUGAAGAAAAUAUAAAAAUGCUCAGCCAUUCCGAACGCGGCCCCUUCCUACCCAUUCCAAGCCACUAACAACAAAAAAAAAUUUAGAAUUCCUCUUCGACGUCGCCAGUGGAAACAUCCUCAAUAACCACGCAAGGCGCCGGAAUUUUCUCGACGCCAGUUUUCCGUCAGGCAAGGCCGGCGGCCUUUCCGAUGCCCAUUCUCAACCCGUUCAUGUACAAUCCCGCUUUUAUGCGCAUGCCCAGUGAGUUUCCAACCUACCUAUCUAAAAGUCCAAUCAGUGGCCAAGAAAGUAAUCAAUAAAAUUUGAAGAACAUGAUUAGGGGAGGAUGAAAGGAGAGAAGAGGUCCUGAAAAGUUAGCAAUACUUGAUUUUUUUUCUAUUUUUUUUGCGGAUACAUGAGCAUAUAUAUAGAAAAUUUUACGAUUUGAAAACUUUUCAUAUGCAAGAGGCGGAGCCUAAAUGCAACUUGCGGCCUGGUUUUUAAAGUAAUGACACUUUCAAAGAACCAGGCGGAGCUCAAAUGCAAGCUGCGGCGCGGUUUUCAAAAUGAAUUAAACUAGAAUCAGGAGGAGUCUAAAUGCAACUUGCGGCGCGGUUUUCAAAAUGAAUUACACUAGAAAUAGGCGGAGCCUCAAUGCAACUUGCGGCGCGAAUUUUAGAAAGAGACUUUUUUGAAAGACGACACCGUCUUCGAAAUAAUGAUGAAACUUGACACGGCGGAGCCUAAAUGCAAGUUGCGGCGUGGUUUCACAAAAAGACAACCUUAGAAGAAAAAGGCGGAGCCAAAAUGCAAGUUGCGGCAUGGUUUUUAAAAAUAGAACACUUUCAACGAACCAGGAGGAGCCUAAAUGCAACUCGCGGCAUGGUUUUAAAAAAUAGACUGCAUUAGAAGAAAAAGGCGGAGCCUAAAUGCAACUUGCGGCGCGGUUUUCAGAAUAAAUUACACUAGAAUCAGACGGAGCUCAAAGGCAACUUGAGGCGCGAUAUUCAAAAAUAGAACACUUUUAAAGAACCGGGAGGAGCCUAAAUGCAACUUACGGCGUGGUUUUUACAAAUAGACUACCUUAGAAAAAAAAGGCGGAGCCUAAAUGCAACUUGCGGCAGUCUUUUCAGAAUUUGCAAAUUCUGUGGUCUUCAAGCUCAUCUCGUAUCUUAUAAACCCUCAAUUCAUGAUUUCCAGUGAUGCAACCAUUCGCGUUUGCGAGUCCGAUGACGAUGCCAGCCGGCGACGCGACUCAAUUCGCGGCCGCGACGGUCGCAGCGGCGCCAAAAUCGCCGUCGGCCGCGAUUUUCCCGCAGCUUUUCCCCGUCGACUACCGUCAGCUACAGCAGCAGGAUGGAAGCGAAUGA